AUGUCUAAACGUGGAGUGGUGGUUUCACAAUCAAUGAUGACGGCUUUAAUACUGUUGUUGCUGCUCAUUGUCAAUUUUUCUAACUGUAUUAGAGUACAUUUCGACUUGAGCUAUCUGGAAAAUGAUGAAAGUCAACGAUCAUGUUAUUCCGAGGGUUCAUCUUAUGUGAGAGGUGAUAUUUCAGGAUUUUCAUCACUACCAUCAUGUGAUGCAACAGACAACGACAAAUUAUUAACACUCCCUCCUGAUUCUUGUUCAGGAACUUGUCAAAUUUAUGAUGUUGUUAAUAGUUUACAAAUUGGUAUUUGGAAGAAUCAAAUUAUUCCAACUGUACAAUCUAUGCUUUCUGAUUUGAUAACUGUCAAAUCUGAUUAUCGAAUGAAUAAUGAUACAUUCUUAUUGGAUUCAGCCAAUUCACUUCAAUCGAGGUGUCAAUACACAACUGAAUAUGGUGUUCCAAUUCAAAGCAAAUACAAGACACUUACAAAUGAAACUCUGAGUGGUGUGGAUUUAGUUGUAUUUGUUACAAUGAGACCUGUUAGUAUGGUGUUUAAGGGGAGUGGAAUGAUGUGUCUCUCUCAAUCAAUUAAUGGAACCAAGAGACCAGUAAUGGGAUUGAUUAAUAUUUCGACGAAUUAUUUCAAUUCAUUGAAUCCUCGUUCGAGAAUCAUGAUGAUUCUUCACAUGAUGGUUUGUAUUGGAAUUUUAUAA